UUAUUUUUCUCGUCAUGUUGACAUGUAACUCCAUGUGAAGCAAUCAAAAUUAGAGUUUACAGUUACAGUUAAAAAUAUUUAAUAGUUUAAAAAAUCGUGGAUGUUGUGUUUAAUUAAAUAUUUUUCUGCCAUGUACCCUAAAGACAAUAUAAAGGAUUACCUUACCGUCGAUAUCGAAUGUCAUAAGCCGAGUUCUCGUGUGUAAAUGCGUCGAAAUAAUGUGAAGUUCCGCUGAUUUUUCAACAUUCAAGGAGGAAACACAGGAAAGAAAAAAUGGCGGAUACUUCAAAUAAUAGCAUUGCGGACAUGACAUCAAUAACCGAAAUAGACGAAAAUGGAAUAAACUGUAAUCUAAGGCUUCGUUACUCUAAUGAUAUAAUAUAUACAUACUCUGGAACAAUAUUGAUUGCAGUAAAUCCAUACAAAUGUAUUAAUAUCUUUAACAAGGAUUAUGUCCAGCAAUAUCACAUGUCCAAAAUGGGAUCAUUAGACCCUCAUGUUUUCGCUCUUGCUGAAGCCGCCUAUAGAAGCAUCGUCGAAGAAAACAUUAAUCAGUCCUGUCUUAUUUCUGGAGAAUCUGGAGCUGGGAAAACAGAGUCAACAAAAUUUGUUUUACAAUAUUUAUGUGCUAUAACAUCUAAUGUUUCAACUUGGAUUCAGCAACAAAUUUUAGAAGCGAAUACCAUAUUGGAAGCCUUCGGUAAUGCCAAAACUAUUCGCAAUGAUAAUAGCUCUCGGUUUGGAAAAUUCAUGCAGGUGUGCUUCAACGAAAAACACACCAUUGGAGGUUGUGUAAUACAAGAUUAUUUACUUGAACAAUCACGGAUAACAUUUCAAGGUCCAGGAGAACGCAACUACCAUGUUAUGUAUCAAUUAGUAGCGCAAGGACAAACAAAUAAGGAUAUGGGAGAAAUGUUGUACUUAAGACCUCCAGAAUUUUAUAGAUAUUUAAAUACUUCUGAGGACAUUUUGAUGGACCUUAGCUUAGAAUCAAGGAAAUUUAAUGAACUGACGAUGGCACUUACAGUAUUGCAAAUUCCACAGUCAGAUAUAGAUUGUAUUUUUAGAGUUUUAAGCUCUAUAUUAUGGUUAGGUAAUAUCGAAUUUGUGGAUAUAGACGGAGAGCGAUGUGACUUUUCGGAAUCUGAUAAAGAUAUUAUAGUCAUAUUAUCCAAAAUGCUGGGUCUCACCGAAGAUGAGCUUAAUAUGGUUCUUUUACUACGCCAAAUAAACGUACGAGGGAACAUAACUGAAAUACCACUAAAACUACAUGAGGCAAAAGAAAAUAGACAUGCUAUGGCUAGAGCCCUAUAUUCCAAGACUUUUACUUGGCUUGUAAAUAAAAUAAACAUCUGCACAAGUCCUGGAAAAGAUUUCAAGCAAUUUUUAGGUGUUCUUGAUAUUUUCGGGUUUGAAAAUUUUACGAAGAACUCGUUUGAACAACUUUGUAUUAACUAUACUAAUGAGAAAUUGCAUAAAUUCUUUAAUCAUUACGUCUUUGCAUUGGAACUAGAAAUUUAUAAGCAAGAAGAUAUAAAUUAUACUCACGUCGAGUUUACAGACAAUUCAUUAUGCUUGGAGCUUAUAGAAAAACCUCCACGAUGUAUAUUUAAACUUCUGACUGAACAAUGUCAUAUGCCAAAGGGAUCUGAUUCAGCCUAUUUAAAUAAUCUGCAUACGGAAUUCGAAUACAAUCCUAUGUACAUAAAGGGUUUAGAUCGUCGGCAUUGGGAAACAGAGUUUGGUAUUAGACACUACGCCGGAAAAGUAAUUUAUUCAGUGGAAGGAUUUGUUGAUAAAAAUCGAGAUAUGCAACAAGAUGUGCUGUUUGAUUAUAUGAGCCGCACUGACCAUAAAUUUCUUUGCGAACUUUCUAAAAACCAGGAUCAAGCGUGCUCUAAUUUAAUACAAAAUGUAUCAGCCAGUCAACGUGGUACAAGUAAAUCAAAAUCAACAGUCAGUGAUCAAUUUCGUCAACAAUUGCAAUCUUUAAUUGAUGUACUCCAGAAUACAAAACUUUGGUAUAUUCGAUGUAUAAAACCAAAUUCUCUUAAGCAAGCCAAUAUUUACAAUGAAUCCUUAGUACUUGAUCAAUUGCGGUAUCUUGGAAUUUUAGAUAUAAUUCGAAUAAGACGGGAAGGCUUUCCUAUUCAUCUGACUUUCUCCGAAUUUAUUACAAAAUAUAAAUGUUUAAUAAGAAAUAAAACAUAUUCUAAUAGCCGUAAUGACAUACUUCUUGUAUUAAGGGAACUUCAAGUCCCUGAAACUGAAUGGCAAAUUGGUAAAACGAAAAUAUUUUUAAGAAGUUCUGCAAAUGACCCAUUAGAGAAUGAAAGAAAAAGUAUAAGAUGUGCCAACUCAAUAAUUAUACAGAAAAACUGGAGACGUCAUUGGAACAACAAGUACUAUAAGAAUGUAAAGAAAUCCAUACUUAUUAUACAGCACGCAUAUAGGGGUUGGAAAUUGCGUAUUAAAUUUUUAAGAAUACGGCGAAGUGUAAUAAUAAUACAAAGUCGGCUACGUGGUGUAUUUGCAAGAGAGGUGGCAACUGCAUUACGUGAAAUGCGCCGUGUUGACGAAGAAAUGAAAAAGCGCGAAAGAAUCACAUAUGAAAGUCCAACAAAUGAUUUUAAAGCUAUUGAAGAUUGUGAGAGAUUAGUGCAAACGGAAAUUAAAGUGCUAGCUAAUAUGGCAGAGCACAUAAGUAACAGUAUAAGCAAAUCAAUAAUUGAAAAUACUGUUUCUGUAAAUAACUCCACUGAUAAUCCACAUGUCCAAAACUUAGAUACGGUUGAUUUGGAUAAUUUGUUCGCAUUUUUGACUGAAUCAACUACUUCACCAUCUAAUCCACUAAUUGAAGAAAUAAAUGAUACUAUGAAUAGCUUAGUACAGGAUCUUGAUGGCGAAAUUGAAACUUGUGUACAAAAGGAUCCACUAAAUUGCAUAGAUGAUCAAAAGAGGAAUAAUGCAUUACCGAUUUCAACACUUCCCGAACCUCUGAUGGCUCCACCUCCGCUUCCAGUAAACAAUACCCUCGGAAUAGAAACUAACCAUGUGAAACCGGAACCUAUAUAUGAAUCAUUAACACAUUCAAAUGAAUCAAAAAAUACUGCAGAUAUAAAUACUCAAUUACCCUUAUGCAUACGAGGAAAAGAAAACGGAACAACAAUGAUAACAUCAAUAACAUCAAUAGACAACGAACGUGAACAAAGAAGAAAGUUUAGAGUUGAAAAAAAAUUACAAGAAAUGCAUCAAAAUGAAAUUCAAAAUGAAGUCUGCAACAAUGACUCACGCUAUAAUAUUUUGAAUUUUGCUGAACAUUUUUUUAAUGCACAUGAGCGGUUGAUAGAUGGAACAUUAAUAUCAACAAUAACAAGAAAAGGCAAGAAGGCUGUGGACGUAACGCCCAAACAUGAAAUGAUUACAUUUACUAGAACUGAUAAAAUUCCAACGUCACAUAUACACAUGUAUGAUCCAGAAAAUAUUUCACUGUCUUGUAAUAUAUUUCGGGAACUGUCUAAAUAUAUGCGCGGUGAGCAAAAUGCGGAGCGUGAACUACAAAGCAUUCAGUAUAUUAUUGGAUUGGGUAUUGAAAGAGAAGAAUUGCGAGAUGAAAUUUUUGUGCAAUGUAUGCGACAAACAACAAAUAACCCUAAUUUGGAGUGGACUGACCGUUUGUGGCUUUUAAUGUGUCUUAUAAUAGUCGCUUUCCAACCAAGUAAAUUAUUAUUCAGAUAUUAUUUUUCAUUUUUAAAAGAAAAGCUAGCUAUUUUUGACGGAAAAUUAAGACAAUAUGCGCAAUGGUGCUUCGAUAAUUGUAAAUGUACAAAAGUCUCGACGCGAUUACAACCACCUUCAAGUGUAGAAGUUGCAGCUAUGAGACGUCUAGGCACAAUUGUCUGCAGAUUUUUCUUUUUAGAUUCCCGUACAAAAGCUAUUGACGUUCAUCCUACUGAUACAGCCAUUGAUGCAGUACAGAAACUUGCAGAUAAACUUAAUUUGUCUUCAAUUGAAGGUUGGGCAAUAUUUCAAUCACGUCCUGAUGGCGAAGAACAUAUAAAAAGUUUUGAAUAUUUAUAUGAUGUAAUCUCUGAAUGGGAGUCUAAGCAGAACUCGUCUAAUAGCUACAAACGCCUUUCUAAUGGAUCUACAUAUGGAGAAAAUAGAUUUGUAUUUAAAAAAAGAUUGUUUAAGCCAACUCGAGAAUUAUCGCAGGAUCCUGUUGAAGUUGGAAUGUUAUACGCCCAAGCAGUAUACAGUAUUGUAAAAUGUGAUGAAUUUCCUGUCAGUGAGAAAGUUGCUCUACAAUUAGCUGGCUUGCAAGCACAAGUAGCACUUGGUGAUCCUUCCAAUCAGCCAAAACCUGAAUAUUAUUGUGAUAUCAAUAGUUUCUUACCAAGCCGUAUAUCUAAAACAAGAGAACAACAGUUUUGGAUACCUAUUCUUGCUCAAGCACAUCGACAAUAUGGAUCAUCAAGAAAUGAAUUAACUGCUAAAGUGUUGUACUUAAGUUGUGUUAUGCAAUACCCACUUUACGGAACAACCAUGUUUAACGUUAUAUAUAAAGGAUAUUGGAGCUUUGUCAAUAAUAUAAUUUUAGGAAUCAAUUGUGAAGGAGUUUUAUUCAUUCAACCUGAAGAUAAACUUAUUAUAUAUCAGUUUAAAUAUACAGAUAUAGAAUCCAUUUUAAUAGACCCAAGUGAUAGUUUUUUUACGAUAUCUCUGAAUCGCAUUCCUCACCAAUCUCCCAGACUUAACAAAGAUGAUAGCAUUUUAUUGGAUUUACAAAAAUGUUUUGUUUUUGAAACAGUACAAAAGAAUGAGAUUGGUGCUCUAAUUAUUUCAUAUUACCCAUCACUAUCAAAUUGGAUAUUAAGUAAUUUUGAUUGCACCAAAAAAGGAAAAGGAAUUACUAAUGAAGAUAGAACUAGAUUGUAUCAAAAUAUAAUUAUAUGCCGAAGACAAUUAAUUGAUUUAAAUGUAGUACGAAAACCUCAUGAAUCUGGUGGUUUCUUACGAAACACUCUAAGACGCCUAUCUAAACAUCGCAUUGAAAAACUGCGAACAGAACAAAGGACAAGUUCUCAAGAGCACGGAGAAACAUAUAAAGGAUUUUCUCAUUCAUUUUGGGCCUUCAGUAAGCAGCAAAUCACGUUUUGUUUAAGCUCACUUACGGAUCAAGAUGAAACAAUAAUGAUUCAGAUAUUUGAGUCAAUUUUACAAUUUUCCGGUCUCGGAAUACUAGGCGAGACAAUAAACCGAGCGGAGGAUGAGCAUACCCGCAUAGUACAAUCUAUUAUGGAUAAAUGCAUGAGAAAGGAUUCUCUACUAAAUGAACUUUAUCUUCAACUUAUUAAACAAACUACGGACCACCCUGAUGCCAACUCAAGGGUAAACCUGAGAAAUUGGUCUUUAUUAUCAGUUGCAUGCAGUGUCAUAUUGCCAUCCACAAAGGCUAUACGAAAAUAUUUAAUGGCACAUUUAAAAAGGUGUUCCAGUGAUUUUUUGUCUGAAGAAGGGAAAUAUGCCAGAUUUGCAGAAAAAUGUUUUUUAAGAACUCAAGGAACAAGGCGUCGACAAUGGAGUCCGAGCUGUGAAGAGAUAUUAUGUACGACCAAUCGAAGGCCAUGCUACUCAAAAAUUUACUUUAUGGAUGGCCAAUAUUAUUCUUUUGAGUUUCAUCCCAGCUCAACGGCCACUGAUGUUAUUCAAAUAAUAAAGAAAACAAUCGGACUUCACGAAAAUUCUCUAGGAUAUGCAUUGUAUGAAAUGUUGGGAAAUACUGAAAGAAGCUUAUCAAGCGAAGAGAAAGUUUGUGAUGUAAUGGCAAAAUGGGAGCGGUAUCGCAGUGUAUCUAAAAAGGAUUGUCAUAAUCAGAUCAACAAUUCCAUGCACUCUCAACAACAUCAUGCGUUUUUAUUUAAAAAGCAUUUGUUUUGUGAUGCUUAUAUUAAUUUGGACGACGCAAUCGAAAAAGAAUUACUUUAUCAUCAGAUACUACAUUCCUUAAGAAGUGAAAGAUAUCCUAUUACUGAAAUGGAAGCAAUUAUGAUUACUGCCCUUCAAGGACAAUUGGAAUUAGGAGAUUUUUCUGACAAAGUCAAUGACUACGGGUCUGUUGCCAGCCAUUGUUUACCACCGCGGUUCGUACCUAAUAUUCCUCAUGGAGCAGUUGCAAUGCAUCAUCAAAGCUUAAAAGGAAUGUUACCGGUAGAAGCCAAAAAAUCAUUUUUAAACUUAAUACAAAGUUGGCCUCUUCAUCGUGCAACAAUAUUUGACGUAAUGCAAUCUUUUACUUCCAAUUGGCCAAGGAUGUUGUGGUUGGCAGUUGACCAAAACGGUAUUCAUUUACUUGAGCACAGAUCACGAAAUAUUUUAUGUUCUCAUGAGUAUGAAUCAUUGAUAUCGUUCUCGCCUAAUAUGAACUCACUGAUGAUAUUUACUGGAACGGAAAAAAAACAAUCCAAAGUUAUCCUAAGCACAUCUCAGGCUUUUCAGAUAGCAACGCUCAUUAAUGAAUACUCCGAAAUAGUAAAAAAAACGAUGAACUCACAUUUAAAUAAUUAAUUAAUAAAAAUAUUUACACCAAUGUGUUCCCUAUAUAAAUAAACGGUUAAAACUUUACAUUUAAACAU